GUGCGCAGUUUUGCUGCAGCCCGGAGCCGAGCACAGCUGCCCGGCGCGACCAGCGGCAAACAUCACCGUCCGGCUCCACCGCUGAAUGCUAACCCCGAGCCGCUGUUUGUGGAUAAAACAAAGGGAAAAAAACAUAGGCACGAAGCUGAACUGGUUUGCUGAAGCCACAUCUGUUCCCUCUCUGUUUUGGUUCUGACCAAGUGGGUAUUGUUCUACAAAUGGAUAAUGGGGACUGGGGCCAUAGGAUGACCACUCCUGUUACCUUGAACGUGGGAGGCGUCCUGUACACCACCAGUCUAUCCACUCUACAGCGCUAUCCAGACUCCAUGCUGGGUGCCAUGUUCCGGGGAGAUUUCCCCACAACUCGCGAUUCCCAAGGGAAUUAUUUCAUCGAUCGCGAUGGAACACUUUUCCGGUACAUCCUGAACUUCCUGCGGACAUCUGAGCUUACCCUCCCUGUGGACUUCACGGAGACGGACCUCCUCAGGAAAGAGGCAGACUUCUAUCAGAUAGAACCUCUGAUCCAGUGCCUUCACGACCCAAAGCCGCUGUACCCUCCCGACAUCUUCGAGCAGGUCGUGGAGCUCUCCAGCACUCGGAAACUGUCAAAAUACUCAAACCCAGUCGCUGUCAUCAUCACCCAGCUAACCAUAACGACGAAGGUCCACGGCCUGCUGGAAGGUAUUUCCAACAACUUCACAAAGUGGAACAAACACAUGAUGGACACUAGAGACUGCCAGGUGUCAUUCACCUUCGGACCAUGUGACUACCAUCAAGAGGUGUCCCUAAGGGUUCACCUCAUGGACUACAUAAUGAAACAAGGGUUCACCAUCCGCAACACGCGCGUGCAUCACAUGAGCGAGCGUGCAAACGAGAACACGGUGGAGCAUCACUGGACUUUCUGCAGACCAGCUCACAAAGUAGAAGACUGAGUUACAGCACAGGUGUUACGAGUCACAUUACUGUUUGAUUUGUCUUCAUAUGACACAAAUCACGAUAAGAAAAAGAAUAAACUUGACCCUUUAUUGAGUAACGUAUUAGAGAUAAUGAUAUUUGGUACAGUCCAAAGUCCAGGCAGUCGACAUUAAAACAAAGAGAAUGUAAAUUCUUGAUUUAUUGAUGAAUACUUUUUUAAGUCUACGAAACAGAAACAGCAUUCCUUUCAAAGCAGAACGAGCCUGUAGCAAUGAUUUAUCUAUGGAGACCAAAAUUCUGCAAAAAAUGUGGGAACAAUGAUUUUUUUUAAAGAAACAAUUGUGAGUUAAUAUGGCUCCAUUAUCUGCUUAUGUUUAUUCCAAAGUGAGAAAUAAAGUGAUUGUAAACAGGUAGCCCUGAUUUGAGACUCUUAUGCCUCUAUACCGUAUCAAAUCUGCAUUUUAACAAGCAUUAAUGUAAAUCUAGAUCACAAUUUGAGGGUAAAAUACUAACAUAAGAGGUUUUUACUGCAUACACAAGCUGUCUUUGGUCAUAUUUUCGAAUAGAGACACUGAAGAAAGAACAUUUUUGGGAUCCCAGGAUGUCAAGAGGAUAGCUUUUUAAAAAAAAUUAUUAAAAUGUUGAUAAUCUUUAGCCCAAUUUCUUACUUGAGUUUACAGUAGAUCUUAAAAUUAGUCUCUUAGCUCUUUUAUCUCCUCAUACGGUACUUUUUCUUAAAACCCUAGUAGUCGUUGCAUGUGUCCCAGUGUCUUGUGUAUGUAUAUGUAUUUGCUGUGUGUGCUUUGUAGUAUUGUUAUACUGUUACACUUUCAAGCUCAUAUCAACAGUGCUGUGUUUGGUCAUUCCAGCCAAAAUAAAUCCAUUUGUGUAUUUGUCAGUCAUUAA